UUCUGCACGUCAUCUCCAUGGUUGCCGUGGUCCUGCGGUUCUGUCAGGCAGUGCGCUAGGCACCUUGUUUGGGGACCUGGCUUGUGCCAGCAGUUCCGUGUCCACGUCUCCGGUGGGGGAUGGACCUAGGAACGGUGGAGAUAUUCAGAGGGAUACGAUAGCUCUACUCUUCCUGCAUCUCCGGUCUCUAAGGUCAUGGUAUUGCAUUUGUGAAAUGAAGUAGUAGAGAAAGAAGUUCAAACAUGUCUUGGUUUACUGGUCUGGCUGGAAGAGCUGAAGAUUUUCUGAAUUUAGUUGAUCAAGGAGCUGCAACAGCUCUGAAGAACAAGGAUGGAAGCAGCCUCAUCAUUGAUAGCACUACUGACUAUUCAGGCCAUUUUGAAGAGGAACAAAAAUCCAAUGAGAAAUAUCAAUCCCAGGCAAAAUCUAGCUUUAUUUCAUCUGCAGCUGAAAAUAUAAAACACCAAAAAGCAACUAUGUUAGCUGGCACAGCUAAUAUUAAAACUGGGACCAAGUCAUCUAUAGAGAGUUCCCAUAACUCCUCAGUAAAUGUCUCAUCACAUAGGUCUACCACUCAGUUUGUGAGACGAAAGAAGUCUGAGCCUGAUGAUGAGCAGCUCUUUGACUUUCUUAAUAGCUCAGAUAAAGUACACAGUGGAAGUCAAAAAGAAACAAGGAAAGAAUCUGUUUCUCUCAGUCAGUCUGCAAAACCAGUCUCUCAGAGUGUCACGAUGACUGAGGACUCCCACAAUAAAAAUGAAGAUAUUGGGGAUCCAUUACACCCUGAACUUGGAACAACUGAACCUGUGGUGAAAGCAGAAACAUUGCCAGACUCUGGUUCUAGUACAAACCUUUCAACUACUGCGGACACAAAAUCCCAUGAACUAUCUAAUCUACGCUUGGAGAAUCAGCUAUUAAGAAAUGAGGUGCAGUCUCUCAACCAAGAAAUGGCAUCUCUAAUUCAGAGAUCCAAGGAAACACAGAAAGAACUGAAUGAGGCAAGGACAAGAAUGGAGAAGUGGAAUGGGGAUAAUUCCAAAAAUGACCGAACUUUAAGAGAACUUCAAGCCCAAGUAGAUGAUUUAAGUGAGGCCAUGGCUGCAAAGGAUUCACAACUGGCUGUCCUGAAGGUCAGGCUGCAGGAAGCUGACCAGUUGCUGAACAGCCGAACGGAGGCUCUGGAAACCCUCCAAAGUGAGAAAUCCAGAAUACUGCAAGACCAAAGUGAAGGGAGCAGUCUUCAUAGCCAGGCUUUACAGACCAUGCAAGAGAGGCUUCGAGAAGCUGAGUUAACACUGAAAAGGGAACAGGAAAAUUACAAACAAAUGCAGAAUGAGUUCGGUACCCGAUUAAGUAAAUUGGAGGUAGAGCGUCAAAAUAUGGCUGAAGCUGUUGUCCUGGCAGAAAAGAAGUACAUAGAAGAGAAGAGAAAGAGUGAGGAUUUACAGCAGCAGGCAAAAACCUCCAAAGUUGGAUUAGAUUCCCUGAAACAGGAAAUGGCUGAUUACAAACAGAAAGCAACACGAAUACUUCAGUCAAAAGAAAAGUUGAUAAACAGUUUAAAAGAAGGAUCUGGUAUUGAGGGACUGGACAGUCACAGCGCAAGCACCAUGGAACUGGAGGAGAUGAGGCAUGAGAGAGACAUGCAAAGAGAGGAGAUCCAGAAGCUUAUGGGGCAGAUACAGCAACUGAAAGCUGAGCUGCAGGAUGUUGAGUCCCAGCAGGUGACUGAGGCAGAAUCUGCCAGGGAACAGCUACAGGAUGUGCAUGAGCAGCUAGCUACGCAACGAAGAGCAAAGCAAGAGCUAGAGGCAGAACUGGAACGUCAGAAGCAGGAGUUUCAGUACAUGCAAGAGGAUAUUUACAAGACCAAGAAUACACUGCAGGGAAGAAUCAGAGACAGAGAAGAUGAGAUUCAGAAACUACGAAAUCAGCUUACCAACAAAGCCCUGAGCAGUAGCAGUCAAACUGAACUGGAAAAUCGCCUCCACCAGUUGACUGAGACUCUGAUACAGAAGCAGACCAUGCUGGAAAACCUCAGCACUGAGAAGAACUCACUAGUGUAUCAACUGGAGAGGCUUGAGCAUCAGAUGAAGAAUGUACAAGGAAGUAGUAUAAAUGGAUCUUCCAUCAACAUGUCAGUAAUAGAAAACAAUGAAGGUGCCCGAAUGAGAAAUGUUCCAGUACUUUUCAGUGAUUCAGACGCUAAUGUUGCUGGAAUGUAUGGUAGAGUUCGGAAAGCAGCGACCAGUAUAGACCAGUUCAGUAUACGCCUAGGAAUAUUUCUAAGAAGAUAUCCUAUUGCCAGGGUGUUCAUUAUCAUUUAUAUGGCCCUGUUACACCUCUGGGUAAUGAUUGUCCUCCUGACCUACACACCAGAAAUGCACCACGACAACCCUUCCGGGAAAUAGCAAGCAAGGCCAAAGAUGUACAUCCUUAGUAGCAGAAGUGCCAUACUUAUUCAGCCACUGUUCCACUGUGCAAUGAACUAUUGCAUCUCAGUUCUCUGAAUAUUUUUCUGGGCACUUAAAUUUCAACCUUCAGAAGGUCAAUGCAUAGGAUAUUUACUGGUGGUGGGUAUUUUAAUCCUUUUGCUCCAAUAGGUGUACUUUGGUACAUGAAACAGUAAAUGCCAUCAAUAGCAUUUUUGGUAUUUAUUUGCACAGAUGUUGCCUGUACAUAAACCAAUACAGUCAAUAUACAUCUAAGUAGCGGAGAUGGCAGGGUGGUAGGCUAAAAUAACUGAUGGUUAGCUACAUUGUUCUACCAAUAACCCAUGAUUACAGAACUUAUUUAUACUGGAAGUAUCAUUGGAAAUAAAACAGAACAUUUUUGUGCUUUUACGGUUACCUUGGAAUAUCAAGACGGCAUGUUCUGCUGGCACCCUAACUGUGGCAUUUAGCACUGGUUUAUCAGGGCACUCUUUUAGUGUCUUGAGAAACUUAUUGCCCAAGGGUUAUUCCCCGUUUACCUUUUUCCCAUUCUGUCCAGUAGUAAAUUGAUUGCCUGGACUCUGCAAUACAUAUGCUAAUAUUUAAUGAAUUCUUUAUUUUAAAUGCAUUAAUAUAAUGUUCCUAUUCACCAUCUUCCUCAAACUACUUUUGCACUUGUAAAAUUUUAAAUGUAAAUAGAUAUUUUGUUUCUUUAAUCUGUUAACUGACUGGCAAGACUGUCAAAUAACUUGUGCAAUCUUUUAGUAAAUAAAUAUAAAAUAUGAUCACAA